AUGCCCUUUUUAUUCAGAUGGCAAAGAGUUAUUUAAAGGCAAACUUGUUUUAUAUAAAGAAAUUUUAGAAUCUAUUUUUGGAUUUUAUUGUUCAGAAUCUACAUCUUUAAAAAUUUUAUUGAAAAAAUUAAAUAAAAUGAAGAAGUAAAAUCAUUGAAAUCUUAAUGA